UGGGGUGCGAUUGCGAUUGCGGCUCGCGCUAUUCCACAUGCUGACCUGCGAUGAACAACUACAGGCUAGAGAACGACUUCAUCGUCUUCCGGGGCAGCGAACAUGAGGCCUCUCCGCAACUUCUCAAGGGCACGGUUGUGCUCUGCCUAUCCCAGCCGCUAAGAAUUGAAGACAUCCACUUGAAGCUUAUCGGAACUGCUCAUUAUGCCUGGACAGAUGCUAAGGUUACGGCGACGGGCAUAUCCACAAGCAAGGUCGAUAAGACGACCCAGAUUUACGAGCACAAAUGGCCUCCUUUCGCAGGAAUCGGCGCAGAGGACCCGACGGACAGGUCAGGCCAUCGGAUCAAGGGCGAAACGCUCCAGCCGGGAAACUACGAAUGGCCGUUUGAGAUAUUGUUAGAAGGCGACAUGGCCGAGAGCGUCGAGGGUUUGCGCGAAGCAAGCAUCACGUACAAGCUCAAGGCGACCGUGGCACGGGGCAAGUUGCUGCAUGACUUCCACGCUUACAAGCAGCUGCGCAUCAUCCGGACCCUCGAAGCAUCAGCACUCGAGUUUCUACAUGCCAUGAGCAUCGAGAACAUUUGGCCCAACAAGAUCGAUUACUCCAUCGUCAUCCCGCAGAAGGCAGUGGUCUUUGGCAGCAGCAUCCCCGUGGAAAUGCGGUUCACGCCGUUACUUAAAGGGCUCGAACUGGGCGACAUCACGAUCAAGCUGAUCGAGUUUCACGACUUCUUCAUCACGUCCGUGGGGUAUACCGCCGUCAGGGAGUACAGGAGGGAGAGGACCAUCGAUUCGUGGAUAAUCCCGGUGAAGAGAGAAGAGCACUGGCAGGACGUCAUACAAGACAGCGGCCCCGAUGGCUGGGAGGGCCAGGAGGGCUGGGUGGUCCCCGCGACCCUGAACCUGCCUAGGAAGUUAACCCAGUGUCUUCAGGACGUAAACGUCAAGGGGAUCAAGGUUAGGCACAAGUUAAAGCUCGUGGUCGCUCUCAAUAACCCCGACGGUCACGUUUCGGAGCUACGAGCGACGCUACCGGUGUCGAUAUUCAUCUCGCCUAAUAUGCCGCUCGACGAGGCCGGUAACCUCGUGCGUCAGGUUCCCACCGGAGCGCCCACAGAUGUGGACAUUGCGCCGCCUGCUUACGAGGAACAUCAGCUAGACGAGCUUUACCAAGAUAUCGACCCGGUAAACCUCCACUCACCCAUUGACGGCCGGUCAGGGGUUAGCAGCCCGCUCCGCGGUCACUCUAGGGCAACGUCGACCGAAAACCUCCCGGCUCUGCUCCAGAGCGCGCCGAUUCACCCGGAUAUGCUUGCGUCUAGGCUACACGACAUGUCCCUUGAGGAGCGGCAUCGAAAUGCGUCGUGGAACUCGAAUCUGUCAGGGGCCGGCGCGACCUCGAGGACCGAGGGCACAUCUCAUGUGGCGGAUGAAAGCCACGUUUCACCUCCGCGGUCGGCGCCUCUCACCCGGCACAACAGCGGCGACAGACCUUCGGGGUCCAAUACGCCGCCCGAGCACCUCGACUUCCCUGAUACUGCGGAGCUGAGCAAGGUACCCAGUUACCACACAGCCGUCAGGACGCCAGUCAGAGUGCAAGCUGCAGACGUGUACGCCCUUCCAGACUACGAAACCGCCCUGAGCACUCCAAGCUCGCCGCCGGGGACUCCUCGGCUGGAUGCACGUUCGCAAACGAUGCCCUACCACCUGGACGCUGUUCCCAGGGCCGCACAGGAAACGGCUGCGGCUCUAGGAUCAGCCAGGGUCCCAACGACGGUGUCGGCUCCGGUUACUGCUGCAGCUUCGAGGGAGCCCAGUCCGCACGCGACAAACCGCAGGCCGGUGAUGUCCCAUAGGCGGCAAUUCUCCUCAUCAGGUUUCCUCCACAGCCUCCGCACGCAGUCUUCUCAUUAGAGCAGAAACUAGGACGAAGACGAGACACGUCG